UUAAAUUUACAAAAUUAAUUAAACUACUAAUAAUUAUUCAUAUUUUACACUUAUUUUUUCAUAUUCUAAUGUUUAAAAAAUCAUUUCUCGUAAUUUUCGGUCUUAAAUGCGGAAGUGAUGAUAACAAAGGAAAUUAAUCCGAGGAAAAUACGAAUCGCCGCCGCCAGGUGUUUUUUUUAAUAUAGACAAAACGCAAACUCCAACAAUCUUUUUUGUUAUAUAUUUUCUUUUUUUGUUGUUGUACAAUGUUGUAAAUCUAUGGUCAAUUGAUGGCAGGAAGGUUACGGGAUUUCAAUAUUAUCCAUAUUAAAAUACUUGUUAUGUUGAAAUCGAGCGAAAAACCAAUAAUAUUGAGAAGCAAUUAAUGUUUCUUAUUAAAAAUUAAUGUGCCACGAUAACAAGAAUAAUGACAACGACUUGUUUAUAACAUCGAAUUUGUGUCAUGAACGAGGUUAACUUCCGAAUAUUGUGCUCCAAAUGACUGAUCAGAAUUUUUCUAUCAGUGAUAGUUCCAUUGUGUGUGUCAGCUGAUGAGUUUGAUAAUAUUUUUUCAAGUGUAACAGCAAUCCCCAACAUUUUACGUUUCCGAUUAGCUGGCAAUUUAUUGUGAUGGCAGAUAAUUUAUUAGGUGAACUCAGUAGUGAUCAGACUGAAAAGGUCCUUCAAUUUCAGGAUUUAACGGGUAUUGAAGAUCUUUCCGUGUGUCGAGAUGUUUUGCAACGUCAUAACUGGAACUUGGAAGUGGCAGUUCAGGAACAACUUAACUUGUACGAAGGGAGACCUUCGAUGUACGCACAAGAUUCACGUUCACGACCUCCCGCUGUCGUUGAUGACACAACUUCAAGAAUAUAUUUCAGCUCCUCAGGAAGUACGUCCGGAGGAGGCGGAUUUCUUUCAUACGUUUUUUCCAUGUGUUAUAAUUUAGUAACCAGUAUUCUACAAUUAGUAUUCGCCAUAUUCAGGACAAAUGUCAGACCUGUGUCGUCAGAUCCAGUAGAAGAUGUUAUGAAAUUCAUCAGAUUUUACGAUGAACACUAUGGUAGAAAUCAUCCUGUUUUUUAUCAAGGCUCUUACAGUCAAGCACUUUCCGAUGCUAAACAAGAACUGAGAUUUUUACUUGUUUAUUUACAUAAAGAUGAUACACAAGAAGUUGAACAAUGGUGCAGAGGUACCUUGGGCGAUGCGGAUAUAAUUCGUUGUAUAAAUAUGCAUACUCUUUUUUGGACGUGUAAUGUACAAUCAGGCGAAGGCUAUAAAGUUGCCGAAGCUCUUAAAUCUGGUACUUAUCCUUUCCUUGCUCUGAUCGUACUCAAGGAUAAUCGAAUGUCUAUCGUUGGACGAAUGGAGGGCACACCAUCCCCGGAGGAACUGAACGAACGCCUACAAACUCUCAUUGAUAACAACGAGAUCAAUUUAAUUCAAGCUCGUCAAGAACGAGCGGAAAGAUCGGCUGCACAAUCACUUCGUCAGCAACAGGAUCAGGCCUAUGAGGAAUCAUUGCGAGCUGAUCAGGAGAAGGAUCGAAAACGAGAGGAGGAACGCCGUGCUCGAGAAGAGGCGGAGGCCAGAGAACAAGAAAAAUUAGACGCACAAGAAAUGGAAAUUCAACGUAUUCGUAAACAAAAGGAAAUGACGUCCGAUAAAAUUCCAUUCGAACCCGAACCAUCAAAUCCAAAUGCUUGUCAUCUUCAAAUCAAACUCGGCGAAAGGACCAUGAAAAGACGAUUUCUCCUCACAGACACAAUUGAAGACGUCUAUCACUGGAUAUUUAGUCAGCCCGAUUCACCGACAAGUUUUGAAAUAACGACGAGCUAUCCUAGAAGAAUUCUCUAUCCGACAGUAGAGAUUUUAACACUAUUUCAAGCUGGACUUACUCACAGAGAAGUUCUACACGUGAACGAUUUAGACGACUAACCUUAAAUUGACACACCAACACACACACAAUAAAUUGCGAAUUUAAAAAACGUCAAAAGAUAAAUAAUAUAUAAAAAAAAAAUCUUAUAUUAUAUAUUUGAUACAUUCUCGUAUUUUACUUGAAUAUAUUGUGUCUGACGAAUCAGCAAAUGUGUGCAAAGCAACAAAAAAAAUCCAUCAAACGAUGUAAAAAAAAAUGCAGAACUGUUUAAAAGAAAAAGAACAUUCAUUCAACAAGCAAAAAAAAAAAAAUUUACCAGAUACUUUAUUUACUUAGAAAGUAAAACAUCUAUUUUCUCCAUUAAAAAAUUUUUAAUUAUUCAAAUUUUAUUAGAAUUUUUGAUGAAUGAAUUACAUUUCAAUGCGUAAACCAAGUGAAUAAUUUUAGAAUAAUUACACAUUUUUUUGAGCAAUUUUUUCCAAGAAAACAAAAAAAAUUUUGUGUCUAAUUUUUGAAAUGUAAUUAAUUAUAAAUGAAAAAUCUGGGACAUAAUGCAAAAAUACAAAGGCUAAUAUUAAUUAAUUUAAAUAUAAUAAGUUAAAGUUGCUAACUGAACAUUUAAAAAGGAAACAAAAAAAUUUAAAAAGAAAAAAAAAUGUAGAAAGAAAAAAAUGCUUUUUCUAUCUAAUAAUUUAAAAAGUUAGUUAGCAUUUACCGAAUUUAAUUAUAAGUGCAUUUUACAAUGUGCAUGUUUUUCUCAGAAUACUUUUUUUUCUGACGAUUAUAAAAUUUUUUUUUUUAGAAUAAUUUUCAUGAUUUAUAAAUGAAAAAAACGCACAUUUAUGUUUGAAAUUAAAUCAAUGGAAAAAUUAAAUUGUAUCGAAUUUUUUUUUUAACUACAACUUUUUUUAUUUAGUGUCACGAAUAUUUACGUUCUAUAUCACUCUUAAAAUUAUUUGGUGUUUUUAUCGAAAAGAAAAAUGUAUUUUUUGUACAUACACGAGCACAGAACACACACUUUGCACUAAAAAAAAAUAUCCUGUAGAUUCAAGCACUUCGACGAUUUAAGACUUUAAUUAACGAACGGUACAAUUAUUGUACACUAGUCCUUUAAGAGUCGGAUAAUACAAAUUAAAAAAAAUGAAUUUGCAC